GGAGGCUCCAUUCUAAAAAGGUGCAACAGGCUCUCCACUGUCUCACUGUCCCCUCCAGAUGGGUAUUGGGAGGGCCCCCUGGGUGGUGGCUCUGCUUGUGAACCUCAUGAGGCCGGAUUCCUUCACGACUGAAGGCAGAGACUCCCCAGAGGAUUUUGUGAUUCAGGCAAAGGCGGACUGUUACUUCACCAACGGGACAGAGAAGGUGCGCUUCGUGGUGAGGUUCAUCUUCAACCUGGAGGAGUAUUUACACUUCGACAGUGACCUGGGGGUGUUCGUGGCGCUGACGGAGCUGGGGGAGCCUGACGCUGAGCAGUGGAACAGACGCCCGGAUCUCCUGGAGAGGAGCCGAGCCUCUGUGAACAUGGUCUGCAGGCAGAACUACCUGCUGGGGGCCCCCUUCAUCCUGGGGAGAAAUGUGCCACCGGAGGUGACAGUGUACCCAGAGAGGACCCCGUUGCUGCAGCAGCACAGCCUGCUGCUCUGCUCCGUGACAGGCUUCUACCCGGGGGACAUAACCGUCAGGUGGUUCCGGAAUGGACAGGAGGAGACAUCAGGCGUCGUGUCCACUGGCCUUGUUAGGAAUGGAGACUGGACCUUCCAGACGACAGUGAUGCUGGAAAUGACCCCAGAACUUGGCGACAUCUAUGGCUGCCUGGUGGAGCACCCCAGCCUCCUGAGGCCCGUUUCUGUGGAGUGGGUGGCUCAGUCUCAAUAUUCCUGGACAAAGAUACUGAGUGGAGGUGCAGCGUUCCUGCUUGGGCUAACUGUCUUCCUUGUGGGGGCUGUUAUCCACCUCAAGGCUCGGAAAGCGUCUGCGGAGACUCACUCUGGCAGUGAGGUCUCCGGAGAGCUUCUCCCACCUCACCCCUCGUAACAGAAGCCUCUCUCCCAGAUUCUGAAGAAGAGUAUAAAGGGCAG